ACACAUCUUCCAGCCAGUAGGUGUCACUGUGAGAAACAAGCACAGGAAUGCAAUCGACGCAAAGCAGGCCUCGAUAGCGAUUGGUUCUUAUAAGGAAUGUAAAUGUCUCAGGACAAGGCAGAUCAGGACGAUGAGCUACUUGCCUUAGCAAGUAUCUAUGAAGAGGAGUUCCACCGGGAAGAAUCGGCUCAAGGAGGGGAGAUGCAGCUCUGUGUGAAUCUCCCUCUUGACUUCAGAGUUGUUGUCAAAGGAGAGAAGCAAGCCGAAUAUAAAAUCAGCUUCCUGCCGCCUUUGGUUCUUAAUUUUGAGCUUCCUGUAGACUACCCAUCCACACAUCCACCAGUAUUCACACUCAGCUCUAAAUGGAUGACCAGAGGACAGAUGAGCUCUCUGUGCAGACAUCUGGACCAACUAUGGGAGGAGAACCGAGGCUGCGUUGUUCUUUUCACAUGGAUUCAGUUCCUCAGCGAGGAGGUUCUGGACUUCCUCAGCAUCCAGUCUCCUCUCCUGAUCAUCAGAGAAGGAAAUAAGGCAAGCGGAGAGCGCAGCAGGAAAGCUGACCAUGCAGCCACAAACGUGACACAGGUCGGAAGCCCUUGUGAAAACUCAGAAACGAAAAGAGAGUUGAAGAAGUCAGAACAGCAACCUUUAGCGUCCUGCCACCUGGACCCACGGGCCAUCGUGUCUGUGGACGUGCACGCCGACCUCCUACCUCAGCUGCUGGACUUUGACGAGGCUCAGCGUCAGAGGGCGUUUGACUGUACCAUGUUCUGCUGCAGCAUCUGCUUUGUGGAGAAGCGGGGCGCCGACUGCAUCUGCUUCAAGGAUUGCCAGCAUGUCUACUGCAAAGACUGCGUGAGGGAAUAUUUCCAGAUCCAAAUACGCGACGGCAACGUUCAGUGCCUUAAUUGCCCGGAGCCUAAAUGCACAUCAAUAGCUACGCCUAUGCAGGUUAAGCAACUAGUGGACGAGGAGCUGUUUGCCCGAUACGACCGUCUGCUGCUCCAAUCCAGUCUGGAUCUCAUGGCAGAUAUUGUAUACUGUCCGCGCCACUCCUGCGGCACGCCGGUGAUGGUGGAGCCAGACACUACCAUGGGCAUAUGCUCUGCCUGCAAGUAUGCCUUUUGUACGCUGUGCAAAAUGGGUUAUCACGGGGUGUCCCACUGUAAGAUCCCUGCAGAGGAUCUACGUAGCCUCCGAGACGAGUACCUGUCGGCCACUCCGCAGGGGAAAAAGUUUAUGGAGCAACGCUUUGGCAAAAGAGUGAUCCAAAAGGCGGUGGAGGAGUCCUUUAGCAGGGACUGGCUCAACGAGAACUGCAAAGGCUGCCCUCACUGCGGCACCAACAUACAGAAAGUAGACGGCUGCAACAAAAUGACGUGUACCUCGUGCCGCCAUUACUUCUGCUGGCUGUGCCUGGGCCUCCUCAACAAAGCCAACCCGUACAGUCACUUCCACAACCCACAAUCACCCUGCUUUAACCAGCUCUUCCAUGGUGUGGACCUAGAUGAAGACGAUGCCUUAUGGAGUGACGAAGAGGACUGAUGUCUCUGGUUUAUCGUCCGCCUCAAUGCACUUUAUCUCACACCACAGUCUAUUUUUCAUGGACUGUCACCUUAUGCGUCAUGCAGUGACGCUGCUAUGAGAUCACGGUCAGGCCUCAUGAUUCUACACUUAUAAGCCGCUUUAUUAGGUACACACGCACGUUUCAUUCAUACAAAAGCCGCCUUUUUAACGCUAAGGAUGCUAACUUUGUAUUCAAAUUGUUUCCUUAGCUUAUUAAAUUACAAAACCCCACACAUAAUCUCGCUCAAACAUCAAUUCACAAAAAUUACAAAAAUAUGCAUUAAACAUAUAAUUUAAAAUAAAUACAUUGAAAACAAAGUAAUCAAUUAACUAAAUAAACCACUUAGAAUUAUUUUAGUAAUAAUGAUACAAAAUCCCCAUGAAAAUGUCUCUCAAUUAAGGAAGCAAUGCAGUUUCCAACGUGAUCCAUAUUUUUUAUGUUUUGCUUUACCCAUUAGACUACUUGACAAAUGAUUAGAAGUGCAGGACUUUAUGGAGGAACCUCAUACAGUGGGCCUGUCCACAGUUGACAGGGCUUUGACUGUUAUAAAAGUAUCUGAUUCUAUAAGCAAGCUGGUCCACGAGUGAUGGUGAUCCAGUUAACAAUCACUGUGUGCUGAUAAGGUUGGUUGGAAUGACUAGAACACCAGUGAUCACAGCCUAUGCUUAGUUUGUGGAAUGAAUAGUUUACCUUUAUACUUAUUGUGACAGUAUUCAAGACUAUGUGUUAAAGUUGUUAAAGAAAUAAUGAAGGGGGUUCCUCAGGGUCUACUGUUUUCUUGUGCAACCAUGCCAAAUGCUAAAAUCUAAAGGGUGGAGCCACAGAAUUAUGAGCAUCAUUUACAAAACACAACUUUUAUUGCACAGUACUUUUUUUUAUUUUAUUUGAAUAUAGAAAUAUAUCUAUCUUUUAGUUUUUUUGUUAACGUUGCUACCGCAGAAGACAUGGACUUUUUUCUUGAACCCGCAUUGUGCUUCAAAAUAAAUGUUCCCACUUGAAAUUCAAA